AGUAUGAGGACAUGCUGGCUAAAGACCUGGACAGAGCCUACAAGUUCCAUGAAAAUCGUUUGCAUAGUACGUCUCACUUAGCGUCACGUGAGGCUUUCUCUAACAGUGGCGUCACCUCACGCACUGGCCUUGGCAUAAACAAGGAGAAAAUCAGCACCAAAAGCCGCAAACUAAAGCGUCAUAAAAUCAGUCCUGAUACUAUCUCAGAAAGUGGACCGAGUACUGACAGUAACGCGAGCGCAUCGCGAUCGCCAAAGCAGUUCAGACUAAACUUGCACAGCCCCUUCCAAACACUCGAGUACCUCCACGGUCGGGCAUACGUUAUUAAAUACAUCGGCAUCAUUCCUGCAAUCGUGUACGCUCCAUUAACUUUCUUCAUUUACCUUUCCAACUAUGACAGUCAUGACAGAACAAUUCCUUUGGAGGUAAUCCAGAUCCUCCUCGGUCAUUUUCUGUUGGCCUUGCUUCUGAUCAUUGUCCCCUACCAUCUGUUUCUCUACCUGACCAAAAUCGGAGCAGAGGAAGAAGAUGCGAUUCUCUUACUAUGUGAACGCACUAUGAAACCAAUACGAAAAUUCUUGAAUGCUGAAGGCCAAAUGAAGCAUGACGUCAGAAACCCACGUUUAAUUUUCAAGAAAUUGAAACAAUUCCUUCAAAGUGUUGCAAGAGUAAACUUGAUUACAGCGUGGCUCUAUUCUUUGUGCAUGGUUGCAAUACUUUGGAUGGUCGGACAUUUCGAUUUAAGAAUCGAAAACAGACACGGACAUUACUGGAUUGCCUUCUACAAGAUACUAAACGCAGCUGCUGUUGUUAUAGUGCAAGGAUGCGCUAGAACUCUGAUCGGAAUUCACCAAUACGAGAGAAACUUACUUGUUGACGCCCACAGAAUGGUUCACGACGCCCGUCUCAUAAACAGUGACGUCAUCCUAGAGGCAGCUCAAAUGCUGCGUGAGAGAAGCUUCAAUCGUGCUAACAAAGCAUUUGAAUUUAUCGUGUUUCUUGCUAUCGGGAUAUUGGCGCUCAGCAUCACGACUUUGACCAGCACGAGCAGCUCGGUUCUAGACAUCUGCUAUUGCCUUCCAACGUUGUGGAUUAUUUUCUCUGAAGCUCUUAUCAACUGUCCAAAACGACACAUGAAAUUGAUAGCUGUUGCAAUCAACCUUAUCAUCUUGGCAUGUCUCAUCUACGCUUUCAAUCAUUUCAAUGUAAACAAUUAUCAGCAAAUGGUAGAGCCUCUCAAUUUUUUCCUCCACGGAGUCACACUGCGCAUGCUCUGUUUGACGGCAGCAUUACAAUGGUUGCUCCAUAUUUUGACAUGGUUUAGAAUAAAGAACUGGCCUCUACCAGAUCCAAACUUCGGGAAGCAGUGGAAAACUCUGGCAAUGACAAUAGUGGCACUAUCCAUCCUGUUGACUCUCAGUCUGUUGCCACUACACUAAAUUGUAGUAUGUCUACUUUUGUGGAUAUAUAUAUAUAUAUAUAUA